AUGGCACUGCUUCCACAAAGCUCUGAAAUGGGGCAUAACAUGUCGCAAUCAGCUAUUGUCUCCCUCUCCAUCUUUGCUGUGGUAUGCGUAGCAUUCCUUCUGACAUUCUCGUGCACAAUGCUUCGCCAGCGACAGUUAUCUGCAUUACAGAAGAGGGCUUUUCGUCGUUUCUCUUACGACACAUUUGACUCCCACAAUGCGCCGACAAUCCUAUUCGAUGAGCAUUUCAUCCAGCCUCAGGCCCCAGGUUGCCGCUCCACCACAUUGUCUCCAAUUCAGGAAACGCACUCUGAGGGACUGACCAUCCCUGCGAUCCCGCAUAGGCGCCACUCGGCUCCGAAAGCGAUUCAGCAUUUCGUUCGGGACAAGUGUCUAUUAAGAAGACCAGCGAGCAGUUGCAUUCAGUUUUCGCAACCCCUUGACAUGACACCGAUCCUGCAUCUGUCAGUCGGCUACAUUCACACAGUAGAGCUGCUUCGUGUGAUUGUCGACAGGGUGACUGGUUUGCCGUCACAGAAAGGCACGAUGAUUUACGUGCUCCAAGUUCGAGUGAUGCCGCGGUCAAGAACGUGUGCGUACCUGAGCAAACCUCUGCUCACACCAGCUGUUCGAGAGAAACCCGAAUUCGACCACCUCUUUGAAUACACCGUGAGUUUGCAGAGGCUGGAUCAAGCAAAGAUUGAAGCCACUCUCUUCGCUAGACCGUGGUCUAGCAGUUUGGACUGCAGUAAAAGGCGGAAUACCGUUGGUGAAAUUUCGUACACGCGUCGAGUAAGCUUUGCGAGGUCUGACGUGAAACUGACAGAGCUCCUAGAGCACUACAAAGAGGUGGGGAAGGCUGAGCUGAAGGUGGAGGCGCGCUUGCUGAGGAGCGACCCAGAGGCGCUCACUCGUUUGACCCUGCCGCUCGUGCUGGCUGACGAUGAGACGGACGCAAGCACUGAGGUCGCUGCUGAUUGA